GUGGAGGCGACGGUGACGGUGACGAUGCAACGAGUCGAAAGAGUAAAACUUACGAAAAAUUUGUAAAAAAAAGGACGAUAUAGUGGAGAAUGAGAAAGUAGAUACUGCGUAGACCGAAGGAAGGAUUACUGCGUGAAAUCGAAGAGGAGAAGAGUAGUGAUACGUGGUUUGGUGCAUUAUGCGGUAUUGGAUUAUUUAGAGAAACGAUUCAACGAUUCUACGAUUUGGUUUUUCGGUUACGAAAAGGUAGUCGACGUUGAAUACGAACGCGUGAGAAAAUUAGUUGGGGCGUAUGUACCAACUGGUACGGAUACAGACAUUAAACCUCUGUCACCCGUCCUCAUCGUUGACAGUUCUCGAUCGUGAUAAGGUUCUACGUUACGCAACUAAAGCAAUCGCGGAAAUAUGAAAAAGAGGAAAUAUAUGGAAACAUGGACCGAAUAUUGUGAAAGUGUGUACAGAAAGUACAGGUACAUCGGUGAGAAAGUGACAAAGAGAAUAAGUGAUACGCAAGAAUAAACAAUUAUUAUUAAAGAAGAAAGGGAGAUAAGUCGGAGCUAUCUACUGUCCGUAUAUUAUAACGUUUGUUACCGUUUUAUGACCGACCUUCAUCGAAGGGACGUCUUUGUUAAUCGAUCGAUAAUGAAGUUUCCUUGAAUUUUCAACGAAUCAGUAGGACUGAUCUCGAUUUAAUUCGGUGUUCGACGAGGGAAAUGAAGCUGCCGACGCGUAUAAUCCACCAUGGGGGACAACGACCGUCACCGCGCUACAAGAAGCUGUGUCAACUUAGCGAUUCGCUACACUAUGCAUCGGCAACGGAGGCUUCGAUCCUCGUCAUCGUCAUCGUUGUCGCCGAUAACGUUCCCACUCUCGAUGUCUCGGUCAGCUAUUUCAACCUCACUGCUAUCAUCGACCACGUCGAUGUCGUCUGCGACGACGUCUACGUCGGCCUCAACGCCGUCAUCGUCGUCAUCACCGUCGCUGUCGCCGUUAUUGCCGUUAUCAUCGUCGUCCAUCUUUUUACCAUCGUCAACCACCUGGCCAACAUCGACCUUAUCGUCGUAUUCGUGGAGUGUACAGCAAACCUCGUCAUGUUCGAGGUUACACCCGUUACCAAACGAAUCGUCGAUGGUCUCCACCCUAUCGAUACCUUGUCCAAGACUCGUCUCUGUAUUAGCUUGGUCUUUCACGUUAUUACUCGUCUCGUCGUGUAUCGGUCUAACGGACGCUGGAAUCUUGAAUGGACAUCCUUUGGGUAAAAGGUCCUUUAUCGAUAUCCAGUGUAAGGGUAUAUACGAUAAAAGUAUCUUUGCCCGGCUGGAUCGUAUCUGCGAGGAUUGUUAUAACCUAUUUCGGGAACCUCAGUUGCAUCAACUAUGCAGGAAAAACUGCUUUACGUCAGACUACUUCAAAGGAUGCUUAGACGUGUUACUAUUGCAAGACGAAGUAGAGAAGAUCCAAACAUGGAUCAAGCAACUUCAUGGAGCGGAACCCGGGGUUUAGGCAAGACUGCUUUGGCACGCAAUACUUUACAAGCUGUAUUCAAGCAUUGCUGCUUGAAGACGAGAAGGGAAAGCUUUACGAGAUGGUCGAGUACCUAGGCCGUAAGAAGUAAGAGGGAAAGAACACAGAGUCGCUUUCAUUACGAAGGGUUUCAUUUAUACGACAUCAACGAUGAACGAUUCUACCAAGACGAACGAGGAAUAACGAGAAACGAGAAUCUACGAGAAGGAAUUUCCAUAAAAUGGUCAAUGCGAUUUUACGCAGAUUUUUGGAAACCACCUACCGACAUACAUUCACGAUAGAGUACCUUCGUAAAAUCCGAAAGACCGGAACACUCCUGAACUGGGAAUUCGAAGCACGUUAUGCAAUCAUACCUCUUCCUUUCUCUCCAUGAUAUAACAAAUCGAAUGACAAAGACAAUAUUAUCAGUAACCAAAUCAGUAAACAAACUGACGGCCAACACGCA